AUGGGGCUGAGUCUCUGUAAGACGUGUUGCCGGUGUUGCCCGUGCACAUGCUGCCGCCGCGAGGAUGUGACCCCCGGGACGCCUCCGCAGCCCGACCCCAAGAAGGCGGACAAUAUGAAGUCGGUGUUUUACCGGACGCACAACAUGGACCCGAAGUUCCUGACCGAUCUUGAGCGCCAACUCGAUGGCGAGGACAACGUCACCUUCACCCACGGCAACGAAAUCCCGCCCAGGGGCGGUCCUCAGUCCCCCAACGACGGCCAUUCUGCGCCGCAGUUGGCCGUUCCGGUCUACACGGUGGUCCCGGGGAAGAGGAGGAGCCAGCGCCUGGAGGCCCUGCGCACCAAAGUCUCCACCCACAGCUACGCGCCGCGCUCCGACGAGGACCUGGAGGUCCACAAGGGCGACGAGGUGGAGGUCCUGGAAGAGGGCGGAGCCUGGAUCUUCGCCAAGACGCUCAACGCCGACGGCGAGCCCCAAACCGGCUACAUCCCGCGGACCUUCCUGGCCAACGCCGGGAGCCUGGAGGCCGAGGACUGGUAUUUGGAUCUGGUAACAAAGAUGGAUGCCAAGCGCUACCUUAUGCAGGAGCAGAACGAGACCGGAUCAUUCCUGGUGUGGAAUAAGAAGGACGAGGACUGUUACUAUCUGUCCGUGCGGGAGGACUCAUUGGUCCGGAACUACCGAAUACACAAGCUGGAUGGGACCUUCUUCCUGGUUCAACGUGCCCCAUUCCCCUCCAUUACAGAGCUGGUCCGGCAUUACAGGGAGACACCAGACGGCCUGUGCACCAAGCUGGACAAGCCCUGCGUCAAGCUGGACCCCCCACCCGUGGACAGCAUCUCCCACCGAAUGGUCAACCAGCUGGAGAUCGACCCCGCGUCCAUCAAAAAGGUCCGGAGGCUGGGCAGGGGGCAGUUCGGCCUGGUGUGGCUGGGGCUCUGGAAUGGAACCACGGAAGUCGCCAUCAAGGAGCUUCAAGUGUCGGCGGAGUCCUUGCAGAAGUCUCUGUACGAGGAGGCCAAGACCAUGUGGAGACUCAGCCAUGAGAAGUUGCUGAAGCUGUACGCGGUCUGUCUGCAGACACAACCGGUCUUCAUCGUCACCGAGUACAUGAAACAUGGAACUCUGAAAAGAUACCUGAGAGGUCGCCAAGAGCUCAGGAAUUUGGAGUUUUACCAGUUGGUGGACUUUGCGGUGCAGAUCGCCCAGGGAAUGUUCUACAUGGAGCAGAAGGGCUGCGUGCACCGGGAUCUGCGCUCCGAGAACAUCCUCCUGUCUGCCAUGAUGUCCUGUAAGAUCGGAGACUUUGGACUGGCCCGUUUCAUGGACAGUUCUUCCAUCGCUGUGUCUGCAGGCGCUCAGAUUCCCAUCAAAUGGACGGCCCCUGAGGUCUUCCAGUACCAGAAAUACAGCAGCAAGUCUGACGUCUGGUCCUUUGGGGUUCUGCUGGGAGAGAUCAUGACCUACGGCAAGUUUCCUUUUCCAGGUAAAACCAACGGGGAAUACCGUCAGGACAUUCUAGAUGGAAAACCUCUGGAGCCUCCAAGUGAAAUCCACCCGGAAAUAUCCCAUAUCAUGGAGAUGUGCUGGAGGCACCAAUCCCCCACCAGGCCAUCCUUCUCCGAGAUUGAGAGCUUCCUCAUGGAUCUGCUGAACCCCAUGCUGGUUGAUGACACUGUGGAGUGA